GACCAAUUCUCAAACUGGAGCACUGGAGGGAUAACCGGGACGGUCGGGACACUUUCCGUCGUGAUGCAGGGGAACCUCUGACAAUCUUCUCAGUCUAAUCCCCUCCCUUUUUCAGCACUAGUGACGUUAGCCUGAAAACAGCGGCAGGAAGGGGAAAUCCACAGGUCUUCCGAAGAUUUGAGAAAGAUGGCUCCCUUCAAAUGGAGCUUCUUCUUGUUCCUAGGUGGAAUAUUACUGCUUGGAUUGCCAAUCAGAGCGGAGUCUGAGACCCCCACUGAUGAGGUCAAGCCUUCUUCUGUCAAGGAAUGUCGUGUUCACAUCGAGAAAGCCUUAGAACAAUACUGGGAACAAAAGGAACCAAGCGAUAAGAAAAAUAAUAAUCUUGAAAACAAAAAUCAAAACGAAAACAUCGAAAACGAAGAAUAUGAAGAAAAUUUGCACAGUGCAGUAAAUAAUGAGAAAGAAGUCAGUGAUAAUGAUGAAGAAGAAGAUGAUGAUGAUCAAGAUGAAGAGCUUAGUGACGAACAAAAUGAGGAAGAGAAUAAUAAAGAAGAAAAUGGAAAUCAAGAAGAUGUUUCUAAUAGAACUGAGGAAGAUGAGGAUCAGAGUGAAGAAGAUGACGAUGAGGAAGAUGAAGAAGACCUUGAAAAUGAAACAGAAGAAGACAACAACACAUCUGAUAAUGAAGGAAUAAGGAAAGACGAAACAGACGAAGCUCAAUCCUCAGAAGAAACAGAAGAACAUGAUCAUGAUAAUCACGACGAAGAUGAAAGUGAAGAAGAGGAAGGUACUGAAACUGAGUAUGCUGCAGAAGAAAAUAAAGAUGAAAGCGAAGAGGAUGUAGGAAAAGGAAAAUCUGAAGAAGAUGAUCACGACGCAGAAGUUGGUACCGAGGAAGAAGAAGAGGCAGAAGAAGAGGAAGAAGAGGAACAAGGAGAGACAGGAGAAGAGGAAGAAACACAAGAAAAAGUAGAAGGAGAGGAAGAUGAAGAUGAGGAAGAAAAUGAAGAACAAGAAGAAGAGGAAGAAGGAGAGGAGGAAUUGACUGAAGAGGAAAGUGAACCGCAAGAGUCUCAAACUGACGAAAGUGUAACCAACGAAUCUACCGUGGGGGAAGAAACAAUCACAUCUCCUGAUGAACAGCAAGCGGAAAGUGAGAAGGUUACAGGUGAGGCCGAUCGUGCUUCAGUUGGAAUGGCAUCGGAAUUUCUUGAAAAAGAACCAUCCGUUGAGCAACCCGAGGCCUCGGAAGUUGAGGAAGAGACCCUCGACGUAACAACUCCCGAGGGCAAAGAUGAAAGUGGUGCAGAAGAAGAUGAAGAAACACAGAAAUCCGAAACAGGAUCCGAAAUUGGCGACGAAACGGAAGAAAAAGACGAAGACACGAUCGAGAACAUAUACGAGGAGGAUGAGGACGACUCGUCUUCGGGAUUGACAUUCCGCAGCCGAGAUCACAUCGAUGUUAUAUUAGGCUUGGAUGAAAUUGGAACGGAAUAUGACAAAGAAGAAGAAAAACUAGCUCAGUCCAUAUUUAGAGAAAUAAAGAAAAUUCAUUUUACCAGUAUUCGACCGAUGGAGAUGCUGUACAAAUACGCUGACAGCACAACGCGGGUUCUUGGAGAUGCUGAGAUAUUCAAUAAACCUAUGCUACUUUUCCUUGGCCCAUGGAGUUCGGGGAAGACAACUAUUAUUAACUAUCUUCUUGGCAUCGAAAGAACCCCUAUAGCUCUGAAAACAGGCACCGGUAUCACGGACGUGGACUUCACGUUGAUCACUUACGGUGACCAAAGGCAAGUUGUUAGUGGAACAGAGUUGGCUGCUGAUUGGAGAUAUGCUGGAGUGCAAAAAUUUGGACAAGGGUUCCUUGAUCACUUUCGAAGCAUUCAUAUACCACACACUCUCUUAAAGAAGGUGACUAUAGUUGAUACUCCUGGAAUACUGGAGAAUCGGAAAAAUACUGAAAGAGGUUAUCCUUUCAAUGACGCUUUCCAAUGGUUCAUCGACCGUGCGGACGCUAUUUAUGUAGUUCUUGAUCCUACAAAAGUCGACAUUGGUGGUGAACUCGGAUCUGUGAUUGAUCAACUUAAAGGACGGGACGUCCGCUUCAUCCUCAAUAAAGCAGACACUAUCAGACGUAGUGAUUUAAUGCGUGUGGUCGGACAACUCUUUUGGAAUUUAUCUCCUUUGAUGAGCAGCACUGAAGCUCCCAUUAUCUAUGCCGUCUCUUUAACGACGAAACCCUUCCAUCCGUCAGCGCCUGCUAAGUUUCUAGCAGACCAGGAGAAAAAUUUUCUGUAUGACAUGAAAGAUACACUGGACAAAAAAGUUGAAAACAGAAUUUUAUAUGCCAGGAGGCACGCCGUGCGAGUUCGAAACCAUGCCAAAAUGGUGGACUGUUAUUUAGCCACAUAUUACAGACAUAAAUCAAUUUUCAGUAGUAAGAAAAAUGUUGCAAAAUUAAUCACAGAGAAUCCUCGAGAAUAUAACAUAUUUGAUGGUAUCGGCAGCAUGACAAAUGUAAGUCGCUAUGAUCUUCCUGACCCAGUCGCUUACAAGGAGUUUUUCAAGCUCCAUUCUCUUUAUGAUUUCAAACCUCUAGCUUCAACAUGCAGUUACUUCCGAGGUUGUCCAAUGGAUAAAUUAGAUGAAGCAAUUGCUAAAGAUAUUCCUGAACUAUUCGCAAAAUAUAAAAAAGCGAAGAGUAGUACCUUAGAUGCAUCAAAACAAGAAGGAAGGUGAGCUAAAAUGUUUAUAAGAAAGAUUUAAAGACAUCGUACUUAAAUUAACGGAGAAUUUUAUAAUGCUGAGUUUUCCUGAAGUACAAGCUUCAGCGCUAAAAGAAGUUAUAAAACUGCGACUUGAAUUUGAGUGAUGGAAAUUUUACUCUACCUUUUUGUUGAGAAUUGAAAUUAAACUGCAGAAAGAAACAAACAAGAAGCGAACUUUGGCAAAGGAGGAAAACAGCAUGAAAUACUAUCCCUAUUAUUAGUUAAAUUCGUAAGUGAAAACAAAUGUAUAAUUUAUUGAACCAUAUUGGCCUGCGCUUUUGAAAAACUUAUAUGAGUGAGUUUAGGGUUUUUGCUAUUUUUAUUUAAUGAUAGUAUGCCAAUAAUAUAAACAAUUCAAGACAUAAAAAAUAAUUCAUGCAAAAAUAUGGAGAAUUCAGUUAAAUUGUUAUUUUUUCAUGUAGUCUCUGCAAGUAUUAUGUACAAAGAAUAGAUAUGUGAUAAAGAAAAAAAACUCAUUUUCCGGUACAGACGUACUGGAAGUUAAACGCCAUUAAGUUUCGUAACGACCUUUGAAAUAUCUGUGAUUAUUUGAAGACCAAAUCCUUUUGUGUUCAUGUGGUUGCAGGUUACGUGAAAGGAAUACAUUAUCGAUCGGUUUUAUUUAUUACAGCUCAGGAAUGAAAAAUGUCCAUUAUAUCCCUCAUAGAGAUUUUAAUUCAUUAAUUUCCAGAUAUAAUCAUUAAAUUUUCACUUCAUGUAACUGAGCAAGCAAAAAAAAUAUUAAUCUUGUCAGUCAGUUUUUAAACAACAUUGUCCAUGUAGAAAUAAUUCCUUUAUAUGUGUAUAAAUAAAACAUUAUCUUCUCGGC